CUUCUUACCUCCGAAAGCUUUAUUUAUUUAUCUACAGAAACUCUCUACUGUGACGUCGAUUCAUUCAUUUUAAUUGAAUGAUUUAGUUACGAUUUAGCUUAUCACCGUCUCCGUCUACGUCUAGGGUUCUUCUUCUUUUCUCUAAGUCGGGGAAUUAUCGUGUUUGUUUGUUUUGAUGAUGAUGAUAGAUACGAUCUUGUUGCAGGGUUUCUUCGAUUUGAUUUCCAUCAAUAUAUAUAUAUUGCGUUUUUACACGUCUUAUCUUGACAAAUUUUCGAUAACUAACUUGCAUUGGAUUCUAAUUGUGAGUGAAUUGUUUUCUCUCUAAGGGUUUUGAUUAUUGGAAAGCCUUUUCAGAGAGAGAUGGAACCCAAACCGACGACAUAUGGUGUUAUGCGUCGCAUCCCUCCAUCAUCGUUCACAUACUAUCCAUACGCCACGGGGACGUCCUCUGGGAAAGAGCACAUUAGAGAGGAGCUUGUACGACUAGGAGUUGAGCUCUCAGUCUCUGUAGCUGAAUCCAUGUUCUUGCUCUGUGAUGACAUUCACACCAUGUUGUGGUUCUGCUUUAAGCUGUGGAGAUAUACAUUACCUCCCUCCGAUCCUGUGUCAGAAAGGCUGCUUCGCGUUUUUCACUAUGUCUACUCAAAGGACAUCAAACCCAAGAACACGCCGGUUUGUUGUCCGGAUGGUGGCAACUCGGUCCAAUGGGAAUUCGUCAAGACCACUUGGAAGGAUUUUACCGACGGGAUCAUUGUUUUGAAUCGCCUUGUUUUGCUUCUCAGGAAGAAAGAUUGCUCUUUCGAUGAUCGGCUGUUAUCUUCCGCUGUUGAAAAAUACAAGCAACAAGUUCUCAAGAAGCUAGAGGAAAAAUUGGCGUCCGCAAAAGAUGUUUCGGAGCUGAAUGGUUUUGCCAGGGAGACUGUUGCGUCUAACAUUUCUGACCUGUGGAAGUCUCUCUUUGACGACGAAGAAGCUGGCCAAUCAAGUCCAGAAGUGACGAGGAAUAGGAUUCCUAGCGACCUGUUUCAGCCUAUAUUGGGCGAUUCCUGCCAUUGCGAGAUACCGACACUGCCCGUUACUUCUCCUUACAUUCUAGGGUCAGUAGUAUUUUACCUGUGGCCCCUUUGAGACUUUUCCUCAGUACUCACUCAUGUUACACACAAAGUCUGACUUCUUCUUUUUUUGUUGUUGUUGUUGGGUUGUCACUAGGGCUGGACACGGGACGGGUACCCUUGAAUUUUCUCAUACCCUUUACCCGACCCGAUCCUAACGGGUAAUAGAAAAAAAUUACUCGUACUCGACCCAUAAAUAGCAGGUACCCAGAAAAACGGGUACCUGGAAAAAAAUAGUUGACCCUUUAAAUACUCGAUCCUUUACCCUUAUCCGGAAAAAUGAAUAUCCAAUAAAAAAAAUUG